GAAGCACUAUUUAUUUUUACAAGUAUAAAUUUAAGAUCUAAAAGAUUGUUGGAAUGCAUCAAAAUCAUGAAGCUACCAGUGUUUGUUGCUUCUUUUCCUCUGUUUCUAACAUGGAGUUCCAUGUUAUUUGGACAUGAAGCAGCACGGACAGUUAAAUUUAAAGUACACAACAAGUGCCCCUUCCCCAUAUGGCCUGCAACUGCUCCCAACAAUGGUCAACCGGUGAUAGCUGAUGGGGGCUUCUCCCUCCCGGCUAGCCAGUCUAAGCUUAUUACGGCCCCGGGGUCAUGGAGCGGUCGGAUUUGGGCCCGAACAGGAUGCAACUUUGCCUCUAAUAGGAGUCCUGCUUGUGAAACUGGAGACUGUGAUGGAAGACUAGCAUGCAAUGGACUAAUAGGCACGCCACCAGUGACAUUGGUGCAAGUUGCGCUUCAAGCCGACAAAGGCAACCCAAAUUCCUAUGAUGUGAGCGUGGUCGAUGGAUACAAUCUUCCGGUUUCAGUCCUAUCAAAGCCCGUAGCAUCGAAUUGUGCUAUUAGUGGGUGCUUGAAAGACUUGAAAACUAGGUGUCCAGAAAAGCUUCAGGUUUUGAACAGCGCAAGGAAAGUAGUAGCUUGCAAAAGUGCCUGCUUGGCAUUUAAUAAGGACUCAUAUUGUUGCAGAAAUCAGUAUGGAACUCCAGAUAAAUGCAAGCCGAGUGAGUACUCCAAGAUAUUCAAAGAUGCUUGUCCCUCUUAUUAUAGCUAUGCUUAUGAUUCACCACCUCCAUUGGUGAACUGCAAGGCCGAUGAGUAUUUGAUUACCUUUUGUCCUUCAGGCUGGGGUGGUGAGCAUGCUUCCAUAUAAACUAGGUUGCCUCAUAUAUGGUAGACUUGAGUAAGGAUAACAACGUAUAUGUUCUGUAUUACUCGAUAUCUUAUUAUCUACCAUAUGUACCAUUGUAUCCUUAAUGAAACUCAAUAGUCAAUACACCCUAGUUUGGUUCUCAUCAAGAUGAUGAUCA